ACAGAUGUUUAUAUUUUACGCUAUGUGCGGCGUGAGAUCGAGGUUUGCCAUCGAUGCACACUGAGCCGCGAAGAAGUGAUUUUCACUAGGCCUAGGACCCUAGUUGAGAAGAAAUAUGGAAAAACACUUUUCAUUAAUCAUCACUCUUGUGAUUUUAUGUAUUUUUACUUCUCCUGGAAGCUGUCAAAAUAAGCCACCGAACAUCGUGCUUAUAUUGACAGACGACCAAGAUGUUACGAUGGAUGCUAUGACACCUAUGGAGAAAACGUUAAAGCUUAUUGGAGAUAAUGGUGUAACAUUUUCAAACAUGUUUACCAGUAGCCCAUUAUGCUGCCCUAGUCGUUCCAGUAUACUCACAGGUAAGUAUGUACACAACCACGGGAGUGUGAACAACAGCCUGGAGGGCAACUGCAGCAGUAAGUCUUGGCAGCAGGGACCAGAGAAGAGCACUUUUGCCACAUACUUAAAAUCUCAAGGAUAUGUCACAUUUAUGGCUGGUAAAUAUCUUAACAGAUAUGGCGAGCCUGCUGCCGGCGGUGUGGAACACAUUCCUCCCGGUUGGGACUGGUGGAUUGGUCUUGUGAAGAAUUCUGUGUAUUACAAUUAUACUCUUUCGGUGAAUGGAACUGCAGAGGCGCAUCAUGAUGACUACGAAAAAGACUACUUGACAGAUGUAAUUAAAAAUCGUUCUUUAGAGUUCUUAGAUAAGCGAGAUUCUAGCAAACCAUUCUUCCUGAUGGCUUCAACACCAGCCUGCCAUUCGCCUUUUGACUCCGCACCCCAAUAUGAGGAGGAAUUUAAAGAUAAAAAUGCACCCAGAGGUCCUAGCUUCAACAAGCAUGGAGGCGACAAACAUUGGCUGAUACGAAGAGCUAAGAAUCCGAUGUCAAAUGUAUCGUUACAGUAUGUAGAUUCAACAUUCAAAAAGCGGUGGAGGACACUUCUAUCAGUUGACGAUAUGGUUGAAGCUAUUGUGAAUUCGCUAACUGAAAAGAAACUUAUAGAUAAUACUUUUAUCAUAUACACUUCUGACAAUGGAUUUCAUUUAGGACAAUUUUCAUUGCCUAAUGAUAAAAGACAGCUGUAUGAAUUUGAUGUGCGUAUUCCAUUGUUAAUACGUGGCCCAGGCGUGCCGAAGAAGAAGGUUAUUACCAACUCAGUUAUGAACAUCGAUAUUAUGCCAACUAUAGUACACCUGUCGGGAUUAACACCGCCCUCAGACAUAGACGGUGCAUCUUUACUUCCAUUGUUGUUCCCGAAGAAUGAUACAGUAAAGUCGACUGGAUGGAGGGAGGAAUUUUUAGUUGAACAUCAAGGCGAGUGGCUUCUGAAGGGAACACCAGGCUGUAAAAAUGUUGACUAUCUCUGUAACUGUUAUCCUGAUUGUGUUUGCGAGGACUCCAUUAACAACACAUAUUCCUGUAUAUGGUCACUACAACCAAAGCAAAAAACAGUUUAUUGUGAAUUUUUGGAUGAUGAGAAUUUUAUCGAGUUUUAUGAUCUUGUGAAGGAUCCGCACCAACUUGCCAACACUGCUAAGACUGUGAGCCAGAAAAUUUUAUCGGAACAAAACCAAAAACUUAUUGCAUUGAGUAUCUGCAAAGGGCCGUCCUGUCGGAAGAUUCAUCCUAUUGGAUAAUCAUCAUAUUUUAUUCCGUAAUAAUCCAAUUAGAUGCCAAUUGUAUUCUAUCUAUUAUGGGAAUUCGCUUACAUUAAACUGCUGCAUAAGUAACGAUUUAGGGCAGUGUACAUUUUGAUUCACAUCUACUAACUGUAUGGUAACUGUAUGCACAUGUUAGUCCACUACUACAGUGCCCGCGGACAAGAUUUUAUAAAGAAAACGUUGCUUGUUCAGGCAUUGAAUGCUUCAGCCCCCCCCCCCCACAAUGCCUGCAGGGACUUAAUAUUCUGUACUGUUAAAAGGACACAUAGCAUACGGUAUGUAUGGUCUGUUCAUGUGCAGUUAGUAGAAACUCCAUCCCUAAUAGGUAACCCAAUCCGAUUCAGUCCAUGACAGGCUGUGGGCGUAACAAGCAGCCUUCAUUGCCUACAUUGCUGAUAGGUAUCGUAUAUUCAGAGGAGAAUCUUUUACCAAGAAAACAUUUCAUAAUGCCACCCAUAUUUAUGGGGAUGGAGGAGGGUAAACAACCAUUUUUUAAGCCUAGUAUUUUUUAAAAGAAUAGAAAUAUUCUAGUUAGAAAUGAUUUUUUAAAAUUUAAUCCAACAGUCAGCUGAUCUGUGUCAUGCUCACAAAGGUGGCAAAUGUUUGUCAAUGAAUGGAAUUAAUAUGUAUAAUUAUGUUUGGAUAUGUAUGACUAUGUUUGAAUAUGUAUGAAUAUGUUUAAACAGGGCCGUAGCCACCGCUUUUGACAGACCACAAGUUAAUUGAUUAGGUUUUGAAUAGGAAAAGAGGCUAAAUUCCACCUGUAUGUUUAGACUCAACCUACUCCCUCUUGACAUCACUCAGGAACCAUGGGUGAAAUGUUAAUAAUAGUUUACAUUAUUUUCUUCUCUUAUAAGUUUUAUAAUGAUUGAUUUUAAAAAUGGGAUGCAUUUUUUCUUCAGUUGAAAUUCAGUGUUAGGACUUCGCUUUUAUCCAAAUCAAGUAGGUAAAACUACCCACAGUGAGCUUUUGCAGAACAUCAUGCUAAAGGUUCCCUUAUACACUUGACUAGUACUUAUUGUUUUGCUUCACCAUAGCCCUGAUGGAAGUUAAAAAUAUAUUUUUAUAAAAAAAAGUUUUUUAACUAUACUACUACAGAACAUCAUUAAAAUUUAUCUAUACAAUAUAAUAAUAGCAAAUUUUUCCUGAGGCCUUUGGCCCUUGGUGGCCCCCUGGCCCCCAGCCUCAGUGCUUGCUUUGCUGGCAACCAGAUUACUUCAAUUCUCGUGGCUACGGCCCUGUUAAAUAUGUGUUGGUAAGUAAUCAUUUUCAUUGUAUUUGUACUGUUUAUAAACGUUUUUUUGUAUUGGCACUUUGUUCUGAACAAUAAUAUUCUUAGUAAUGUGCCUGUGUUUUCAAAUAAGGAAUUUUGCUUUUUAUGUUACAUUGUGGAAAUUGGGUAUAUAAUUUUAUAAUUUGAAAUUAUCUUUGCAUUCAUCUUAUGAAUAUUACAUUUUAAUAAAUUAAUAUGAAUAUUUAAA